AUGUCUCCCUACCUGAUUACCUUCCUUGCUUUUAUUUCCUUCUUCACUCUUCUGAAUUUAUUUUUGUGGAGCAAUGUACAUUAUCGACUUAAUGAACAAUCGAAACUAGUCUCCUCUUUGGAGCCCAACGCCACUUUUCUGGAUAUUAAAAACAAAAUCAACAACUUACAACAAGUACCAAACACUUCAAUUGAGUUCCAGGCUCUUUUCGCUAAAAUGAAAGCAUAUUCAACAGAACAAGUUGCUACUAGAAAACAAGUUUUACGACAAAUCAGUCAAGCCAAAGAGUACUAUUUGCUCUACGGAGCACUUGCUCCAGAGGUGUUCUGUCCUGAAAAAGUACGUGUUGGUACAGUUGGUGAUGGAGGAAAAUGGGUUUGCAAUCCUGACAAUUCUGUAUUGUUCUCUCUUGGACUCAAUAAUUAUAUUGGUUUUGAAGAAUAAUGGCAGACGCCGACUAAAAAUCGGAACAUGUUGUACGGAUUUGACGUGGAUGAACAGAACAGUGUAACUCUAGAAGCAUACUCCAAAAUUCGUGGAACCGCAAUAAAAGCUAAGAUUUCUCUGGAAACUGAUAUCUCACAGAGUGCUUAUACAAUUUCCGACCUUGCCAAGCACUUCAAUUUAUCAAAAAUUGAGAUUCUAAAAAUCGAUAUCGAAGGUGCAGAGCGGACUUGCUUGAUACCAUUCUUGAAGAACUACGAAAUCGUUCAUUAUUCUCAUGGAUAUGGCCAUCAUCAAUAUCACAUGAUCUUGUCGAUGGAAUUGCGCGUGCAGACGACUAUUUCGUGAAAUACUUUGAAAAACAUCAUCAUGUUCUCGAUAAUUCUUUUGUAUUCUUCCUCGCAGAUCACGGAAUUCGUAUGGGUAGUCAUAUAUCAUCCGAACUUGGCGCAUUUGAACGUGAUAACCCGUAUUUAUCAAUUUUGGUGCCUAAAAAGUAUCAACUCUGUUAGAUAUUCUAAAGUAUCAACCACAAUCCGAGUAUCUGAGUCGCGAAGUAUUGCAAAUUCCGAACGAGAAAGGAAACUCGUUGAUUCGCCAACAACCAAGUUUUCCAAGAACGUGCGGCACUCUUCCGAUUCCGGUACAAUAUUGCAUUUGCCAAGUGGAUCAGUUUAAUGUUGAAGAUUUGGACUUGAGAAAAUAUCUCGGAAAUAAGCUUCUUGACGAAAGCUUCAGCUUCACGAAAAUUCACGAAAGCCUAGAAACCUCUAAUUUCACCUCAGAGUGCGAGACAUACAAGAUGCUGAAGGCUACAAAUCUAAUUGAAUAUGGCUACUCUGGAGAGCGGAAGAUGUAUAGAAUUUCAGUCAAGACAACUUACCCAUUGUUAGCUCAUUUUGAGACGAUGAUUGUGUUUAAUGUUACAACUGACACCAUUCAAGUGGGAAAAGUGGUGCGGCUUGACACUUAUGGGAGCACUACGGAUUGUGUCAAAACAUUCUGUGUUACUGCAAGGACGCAAACACAUAUCUAA